AUGAGCAGCAGCCGCCUACCUGUCCUCCUCCUCCUGGCUGGGUUGACUUGCUGCAGUGCUCAGGACUCAACUCUGAACGUGUCGAUGGUGCUGGGCGUGUUGGCAAGGGAAUGGAGAGGAAGUGGGUAUGCCGAUGGGGGAGGGCCGAGCUACAUGUACUUCCCGAAGCCGAUGACUGUGUCAGAAUGUCAGCCGAUGACAGGCAGACCGUCGAUAUGUCCAGUAGACCAGCUUCAGCUCAUCUUGCAAGAGCCACCAGGAGCACCGGUCAACAGUGAACUAAAGCUGAACCUGACGAUGCGGUUCUAUGGGGACGUGUUCGAGAGCUCGCCAGGAUCCAAGGGAUACUUUGGGAUGCCGGAUGGAUGCAGAUAUGAGCGGAAUCACAGUGUCAUGGCGUACUUCAAUGCAUCGAGCGGCCGUGUCAGGUUCGACAUCUACAAGACAACCAGUGACUAUCUGGCUUGUCAGAUGAACUUUGGAGCGACCAGUACGGAUCACAUGGACUGGAACACCAUCUACACUUCAAGUACGAACCCUUUCCAACGUUGCACCAAUCAGAAUUGUUAUGUGAACCUCAACAACGUGGCGAGCUUUUCCGGCAUUUUCAAGGUCAUGCCCAGGACUUCAACCGAUCCCUUAGGAGCGACGUACAGGAUGGACCUUGCGAUCUCUUUUCCGUACCUUCAGUCAGGCAAGACUUCCUUCUCAGACUAUGACAAGAGGUUCACAAACCCCUACACCCUCGCCCAAGUGGCAAACCAGCCUACCGUCUCAUCGUUUGCCACGUCCUCCAGCAACCAGAUCUUCUACUACUCGCUCACCUGGUCAGAACCUUUCCACGGUCCCAACGACGCCUGGUUCAUGAACUACAUGGCUCGGAUUACUUCCAUCGAUCCUCCGUUCGGCCCUCAGGAGGGAGGAACGUACAUCACUGUCUACGGAGCUGACUUCCCUUCAACGGACGCGACCCACACCAGGAACGCUUCUAUCGUCCUGUAUCAUAGUGGGGCAGCUGGGGAACCGCGAGCUUGUUGUGAAUCUCAGCGGCUGAGCAACUCUCAGUACCUCUGCCGGUUGCCUCGCGUGUCCUGUCUUAACAACAACCCGUCUUUUCCUUGUCCCCAGCCCGGCCAGAUUUUCCAGAAUCAGUCCGUUGCUAUAGGGAUCCGCCCGAAUGUGAAGGGAUACGAUGGGACCAUUCUCUCCUCCAAGCUCGACGACUUCAUCGAGUACGAGGGGACGUGGGAGCUUGUAGAUGAGGACGUGUACGGGGGCAAGUACAUCCCUUCGACGUCAAGGUUCACCAUCACACAGACUGAGCCAGGGAUCUACAAUGUCACCAUCCCGGCCAUCAUGUCGCCGGGCUCGGGAGUCUGUGACAGAGCGACCAACUUGAAGAACGUCUCGUUCAUCGCCGCCAUCGAUCGCUCGACGGAUCCCUACUCGGCCAGCAGCCCUCUGUCCAUAACUUCUUGCAUUGACCAGACAGGAACGUGCAGUACGACAGACAGGAUCAGCAUCCGAAGCACUUGCAACCAGCUUUACUGGUCUUUGGGACAAAUCACCUCCACCCUCCCCGCAGGGCAGACUGUGCAGAUUCAUCAGUGGAACACUAGAUCGCUCUGUGAGAGGAGAAUGAGAUGUGUGGCGGGCCCUUGUAAGUGGACUUACCUAGCUCAAGUGCUGGAAUCACAAAGGAUGUUCCAGCGCCGCACCGCCUCGCCUCAAGUUGGGAUCUACACUCAGUAUCCGACGUCGGACUUCGACGUCCAGGGGUUCCUCAAGGAGCUUGCCAUUCUCAUCAAUGCUCAGGACUACAGGAGACUGCAACUUGUGACUUUGCAGUCGACAGCCAGUCUCCUCAAGCCGAGCCUGGGCUCUUUAUUUGCCGUCAGAACUUAUCAGAAGAGCACAGCUGCUCUUUGCAUCCCCAACGCUAUCGGCGGCGCCUGCGCUGACUUCAACAUGAUCAUCUACAUCGUCUCCGAAGGGCCUGCCGGACUGCCAGCUCAAGUCUCGCUCAACAACCUCACGGCGAGGGCGCAGGCGGCGACGGGAGACCCCGCCCUGCGUAUGCUCAACAUCAUGAACGUCUAUGUAGACCAGGGGAUCGACCCGGAGGAUACGACAGCGCGGCUAGUGAACACAAUCAAGGUUCAAUAUCCUGGGUUCCUCCAGUUUGAGACAACGAUGCUAAGGGUGAAGGAGCUUGUAUGGAGCUACGCAAAACUUGGAGUGACGCGGACGGGAGGCAGCGAUCUCUCUGUGACAGUGAGAUAUGAGACCGUCCAGCUCAACGGAACCUUCGCUGCACAGGGGCUGGGAGUAGACUACGUGUCAAAGCAGGGGCAACUGAGAUGGAGGCAAGGAGACUCAAGCACAAAAUACAUCAUCAUCCCUAUCUAUGACGAUAUUCUCAUGGAACAGAAUGAGUUUCUCCAGGUUCGCAUCUUCCAAGCCGUCAACGCAACUCUCAUCUCCGACCCCCAGUUCGCAACUGUCACUAUCGUCGGGAUGAACGACAUACCAACUCCCGGCUUCAUCCCCAACAUGCAGGCCAUCAUCGGGGCGGUAUGCGGUGCCGCCUCCACAUUGCCAUGUGUGCUGUUUGCAGCAAGAUUGAUCAGAAGCUUUAGAAAAGGGAAGACGAAGCGGGGCGAGCUGAUGGAGCAGGACUUCAUGGAUGGCAAUGACGGAUCAGCAGCCUUUUGA